AGCUUAAUUGAAUAUUGUGGUAGUUUGCAUUUAGUUUUGGUUUAACAUUUUUGAUAUUUUGCAAAGAAAAGUUAUAUAUUUUCCACAAAAUGAAUGCUCCACCAACGUUUGAGUCAUUUUUACUAUAUGAAGGUGAAAAGAAAAUCAUCAAGGAGUUGGAUACAAAAGUUACAAAUGCUGCCAUCUUCACGGUUAACAAGGAAGAUCACACACUUGGCAAUAUGAUAAGAAACCAACUUUUAAAGGAUCCAAACGUUUUGUUUGCUGGAUACAAAGUGCCGCAUCCAUUGGAGCAUAAAUUUGUUAUCCGAAUACAAACCACCUCUGAUUACUCCCCACAUGAAGCAUUUAUGAAUGCGAUAACAGAUUUACUAGCUGAACUUUCAUUGUUUGAGGAGAGGUUCAAAGAAGCUAUUAAGGAAAAACGAGAAGGUGGUGAUUAAAUAAAUAAUGAUUCGUAAAUUAAAAUUUGUUUACGCGUGUAUAUUGCGAAGAGAAAAACAUGAAAAUGUGUGUACACUUCCUCUACCAAAUUAACUACACACAAUGGUUAAAUGACUAACUUGAUAAAUAUCAUAAAAUAAAAGAAAUUUGCAUAACAAACUUGA